AUGGGCAGCCUCGUUAAUGCCCCAGUUCCCAGGGAGGCCACUGCCUUCCAUUACAUUGCCAAGGGUGUGAAGCUGGAACGCAUGCCCUGCCCACUCCGGGCACCCUCUGAGUUCCAGCCAGCCGUUGAGCCUGGUUCGAAGCUCCCGCACAUCUGGACCCGCACCAAGGCCUCCAUGGUCUACUCCACGUUUGAGCAGCAGGACUCCUUCUCAGAGGAGCACAGUGACCUGUGCCUGGUGCAGCUGCUGGGAACCGGGACAAACAGCAGCCAGCCCUGCAGGCUCUCCGAUUUCUGCAAGACCCUCAUGACCAGGCCCGGCUGCUCUGGCUACUGUAUGUCUCACCAGCUGCUCUUCUUCCUCUCGGCCAGAAUGACGGAAUGCACGAAGGGGCUGUUCCGCCAGAGCCAGCGCUACAUGAACCUCUUCUGUGCCAGCAUGAUGGACCUGAACCGGAGAGCUGAGGCCAUCGGAUACGCCUACCCCACCCGGGACCUCUUCAUGGAAAACAUCAUGUUCUGUGGAAUCAGUGGCUUCUCCAAAUUCUAUAAACUCCGGUGGCUGGAGGCCAUUCUCAGCUGGCAGAAGCCACAGAAAGGAUGCUUUGGGAAGCCAGCUGCUGAAGAUGAAGAAUUACCCAAAGCCAUUCAGUACCAACAGCAUCUUUUGAGAAGAGUGAAGAGGCGAGAAAAACAAUUUACAGAUGGCUGCUCUUCCCACAACACGGCCAUGGCUGUCGCGGCCCUGGGCGGCUUCAUCUACGUCCUGGCGGAACUCCCGCCAGCAGACGGAGAGCUGCGGCCGCCCACACCGACACCACCCAGCAGCCACUGA